GAUUAUUUCUUCAUUUCUUCAUGAUUAUUUUCAGUAUUAUAUAUAAACUUUUCACUUUCACUUUUCUACAUUCAAAUCAUAUCAACCACUAUCACAAACCACAAAUUCAAAUAUGACUGAAGAUGAGCAUAGGCCAAAAAGGCGCAAGACCAAAGCCACAAAUAGUGCAUCAGUAAUUAAGAUUGGAGACAAGACAAUCGACAUCAGUGCCUAUUUGAACCCUCAGAAGAAAGUAGUAGAGCAGCCAUCAAGGGAUCAGGAGCAUGCAGUAAUAACUGAGUCUGGGUCUCAGCCAGUGUCUACGAAAAAGCCUUUGAAGGAACCCAAUCCAGAAACUUCUAAGAAGAAUGCGCCCAAACGAUUAGCAAUCAGCGGAGACCAGUCACUAUUAAAGUCUCGUAAGGCGUUGCCAAUAUGGAAUCGUCAAGAAGACAUCAGAGCUGGUUUGCGUGGUGAAAAUGAUGUGCUCCUCAUCGUCGGUGAGACUGGUUCAGGUAAAAGUACCCAGACCCCUCAGUUUCUAUGUGACGAGCCCUGGUGUCGGAAGAAGAAGGUCCAAGUGCAGUCCGAUACGGUGAACGUAGGCGGGAUGAUUGCCAUUACCCAGCCGCGACGAGUUGCAGCAACUACCUUGGCAAACCGAGUGGCUCGCGAAAUGGGGACACCUCUUGGGGCUUCGCGCGAGGGAUCUGUUGGUUACUCAGUUCGGUUCGAUCACAAUGUGCCAAAAGGUACCAAAAUCAAGUUCCUCACAGAAGGUAUGCUUCUUCAGGAGCUCUUACGGGACCCGAAUCUUCGUCAGUACAGUGCUAUCAUAGUCGAUGAAAUUCACGAAAGGAGCGUUGAUGUCGAUAUGCUGGCCGGGUUCUUAAAGCAGAUAUUGUCGAGUGAUAAAGCUGGACGGGGGGGUAUACCCUUGAAGGUCGUCAUCAUGAGUGCCACAGCAGACAUAGAGAAGAUCCAGGAAUUUUUCAAGCCCCAGGAUCCGAGACCGCCCAUCCAAUUACUUAGGAUACAAGGGAGGCAAUAUCCCGUGGAAGUCAAGUACACAGACAGACCAGUACCGGAUAUUCAAGAAGUCCUCCUCAAACGAAUCUUUCAGAUUCAUCUGCAAGAGCCACUACCUGGGGACAUACUAGUAUUUCUUACCGGGCAGGAGGACAUCGAGUCUGCUCAGCGACUCAUCGAAGAACAUUGCGCAACGUUGGCUUCAGAUGUGCCGAGACUAUUAGUCUGUCCUCUAUACGGUCAAUUAUCAAUUCAAGCGCAACAAGAAGCGUUCCAGCCUGCCAAGAAGGGAUUUACACGAAAGGUGGUCUUGGCAACCAAUAUCGCCGAGACGUCCGUCACUGUUCCCGGUGUCCGUUAUGUGAUUGAUGGUGGAAAAGCCAAAGUGAAGCAAUUCCGAUCCCAGCUAGGUAUGGAAUCCUUGUUGGCGAAGGCAAUCUCGAAGUCAUCGGCGAUACAACGGACUGGUCGAGCUGGCCGUGAAGGGCCGGGAAAAUGCUACAGGUUGUAUACCUCAGAUACGUAUGAUUCACUCCAAGAAGCGGAUCUUCCCGAGAUUUUACGCAACGAUGUCUUGGGCGCCGUCCUGGCAAUGAAAGCACGUGGCAUCGAUGAUAUUCUUUCGUUUCCCUUGAUGGACUUUCCCGACAUGGGAUCUAUCGAAAAGGCCUUGAUACAUCUGCAUUUCCUUGGUGCGCUAGCCAACGACGGCAAGAUCACGGAAAUCGGGAAAAAGCUAGCUCUCUUCCCGGUAUCCGCACCAUACGGCAGAGUACUGCUCGCGGCGAGUGACCCCGAAUACGACUGCCUCCUCGAAGUCAUCGAUAUCAUUGCAUGCAUCACGUCGGGAGAGAGCAUAUUCCACCAGGUACAAUCGGAAGAAGUAAGAGAAGAGGUGGAAGAGUACCGCAAGGAGCUAUACCGCCGCGAGGGCGACAUCCUCACGUACCUCACCACCAUGCAGCGGUACACGGGCGAGAACGCCGACCGCAUCGACUGGUGCAAGAAGCGGCGCAUCAACAUCCGCAACAUGAAGCAGGCCCUCAACAUCCGCAAGCAGCUGCGCGGCAUCUGCCUCAAGGAGAAGAUGCUCGCGGAGCCUCCCCCGCCCGACCCCCAGCCCUUCGUCCCGCUGUCCCCCGAGAGGGCGGCCGCGCUGCUGAAGUGCUUCCUGAAGGGGUUCGGCACCAAGUGCGCGCUCCUCGCGCCCGACGCGAGCUACGUUACUAUUCAGGGGAAGCACGUCGUCGCCAUCCACCCGUCGAGCGUCCUGCACGGCCAGAAGAGGGAGGCGAUCAUGUUUUUGGAGCACGUGUUCACGCAGAAGAGCUACGCGAAGAAGGUCAGUGCUGUGCAGGCGGAUUGGAUUGUUGAGGCGUUGGAUGUUGAUUAAGGGGGCUAGCUAGCUACGUGGAGGGUUAUGGGCUGUUGUAGGUAUAUACCUAGGUGACGAGAAAAAGAUAUGAAUGAGUAUUAUCACGACUUCUGAACUGAUCUGAUCGAGGCGUGAUUAAGGGGCACAUGACUUAAUAGCUGCAAAAUCACUAGUACGCAUAGACAACAAGCAUGCUCGGUCUCCCUGGGUUGGCCUCCAGCUUCUUCUUAAGGUAGGAUGGAUGGGCUGAGUUUAUUGCUCUGAGGCUGGGCGACACAGCGUCUCUAAGCUUGGGGGCCGGUCUAGGUCGCUUCUAUACUAUCAUGUAUCUACCUGCUUUAUGCCUUCACCAGCGACUUUCAAUCCAUGGAGCGUAAAUAUAAGGUUAUAUACCUACUCCUUCCGUUAUCUGCUCACCCUAUUCACUCUAACCACAUAACCUAGGCUGAUGGCAGG